GACAACAAAAUGGAGUCUGCAACCGAUGCUGUUUCCUUUUGUAGAAGUCAAUAAUUUUCUGCAACUUUGAGAUCGUCCGAUUGAUGCGACUUGUCAGGCUAACAAAAUGGUGUUUGAGUCCCUCGUAGUCGAUUUGAUCAACAAAUAUCUUGGAGAUUUUGUUGAAAAUUUGGAUAAAUCGCAACUGAAACUCGGGAUAUGGGGAGGUGAUGUUGUUCUUAAUGAAUUAGACUUAAAGGAAAGUGCAUUGGAUGACCUUGACUUACCUGUGAAGAUCAAAGCGGGUCACAUAGGUAAACUAACACUGAAAAUUCCAUGGAAGAACCUGUACACAGAACCUGUGAUUGCAACAAUAGACGGAUUGUAUGCCCUUGCAGUGCCAAAUGUCGGUAUCAAGUACAAUGCAGAGAAGGAGAAGAAAGAAGCCCAGGAGAACAAACAGAAGAAGUUACAGGCCCUGGAAGAAGUGAAGAAACUAGAGGCUGAAAAAGAUAAGCCGAAGGAAAAGAAGAAGGACUCGUUUGCUGAGAAGUUUGCCACUCAGGUGAUCAAAAACCUGCAGGUAGAAGUCAGGAACAUCCAUGUGCGCUAUGAGGACAAGUACACCAACCCUCUGCAGCCGUUCUCUAUUGGUGUCACAUUGAAGGAACUCCUCUUCAGGACAACAGAUUCCAACUGGCAGCCAUGUAUAAUCAAGGAGGCAGUGUCACAGAUCCACAAACUUGUCAAGUUGGAACAGCUGGCUGUGUAUUGGAACAGCCACUCUAACCUGUAUGAGGGGAAGGAAAAGGCAGAAAUACUGAAAAGUUUGAAGAGUGCAAUACAAGAAGGAAACAAGACUAAUUUCCAACAUUUGAUUCGGCCGAUCUCUUCUGUUGCUCACUUGAAGAUCACCACAAAGCCUGAAGAACACGACUUCAAGCAGCCCAAGAUCUUUCUUUCUGUGAUAUUUGAUGACAUUAGCAUAGGCCUUGCCAAAACUCAGUACAACGAUGUUCUGGAGAUGCUGGAAGGGUUUGAGCGGCUCAGCCUCAUGGGCGUCUACAAGAAAUACAAACCCAGCGUGCCUCUACGUGGUCAUAUCAGGACCUGGUGGCACUUCGCCUACACGUCCAUUCUAGAGGAGAUGGUGCGUCGUCGACGACGGAUGUGGUCAUGGCAACACAUAAAGCUGCACCGGGACAUGAAGCUGCGAUACAAGGAGGCCUAUGUGAGGAAACUGGAGGCCAAGAAAGUGCCUGCUGACCUCCAGAAAACACUGGAUGAAUGCGAGGAAUUUCUGGAUGUCUUCAACCUGACGGUGCUGCGCCAGCAAGCUGAGGUUGAGGCAGAGAAACGGGGUGCACAGCGCGCAGAGGACAAGAAAAACGCAGGCUGGUUCGGUGGCUGGUUUGGAGGAGGCAAGAAAAAGGACGAAGGAAAGGCAAAAGGGGAAAUUGAAAAUAUCCAGCAGCAGUUCUAUGAGCAGUUCAACUUGGAGGAGAAGAACAAACUGUAUGAGGCCAUUGGCUACCAGGAGAACGAAGUUGACCUUACCCUGCCCAAAACGUUUGUUGCAUUACGGAUAGUCACAAAGCUCAACAACCUGUCUGUCACCCUAAGAGAUGACAGCAAAUCAGAGCUCCAGCUGUUGCAAGAUGAAAGCAAUAUGGAUUCCCAGCUGUUGAAGCUGCAGUUAAAGAAUGUCUACUCCACAGUGGAACAGCGACCAGCGGCCUCUGCCAUCAAGGUGAAUGCCAAGAUGGACAAAAUGACGGUGCUGGGUACCCAGCAAGGGGAGAUCAUCCCUCACAUGGUGUCCUCCGUGCUAGAGAAGCUUACAGAACAAGAAGAGGCAUUGUCCCUGAUAGACUUCUUGUUUGAGACCAACCCACUGGAUGGAUUGUGUGACGCAAGAGUGAGAGUCAACGCCCGCCCCCUGCAGAUCAUUUAUGAUGCGGUGACAGUAAAUCACUUAGCAAACUUCUUCCAACCUCCACAAGAUAUCCAACUGAAACAGCUGUCACAGCUGGCCAUGUCCAAGUACGAGGAUAUAAAGGAACAGUCAGCCACUAGUCUACAACACGCCAUUGACCUCAAGAAGUACACGGAGAUAGCCGUAGAUCUCAUGUCUUCCUACAUCAUUGUACCACAUGGAGGCUUGUGGACUAAACACAAGGAUGUUUCAAAGCUGAUCCUAGACCUGGGUCAUCUGAAGAUUGGGACACAGAAAAGGCUAUCGGAGGAGGGGCACAAACGUGAGUCAAUCGAGGAAGUGAUGGGGAAGGCAUAUGACACGUUCAACAUCAGCCUGGACAGUGUGCAGCUCAUGAUGAUACAUGCAGGUGAAGACUGGAAAUCCAUUCGCAGACUUCGUGACUCUCCUAUGCACAUACUAUGUCCAAUAUCCCUCAGUGUGCUCCUCCAGAAGUGCAUGUUUGAAAACGACCAGAGAAUGGCCAAAAUGAAGAUCAAAGGGCUGAUACCCCUGCUUAGCCUGAACAUAUCAGACCGCAGACUACAUGAGGUUAUCUCCCUUGCUACCAGUAUCCCACUACCAGAGCUGGAGCCAGCAGUAACCAAAGGCGAUUUCGUACAGGGUGCUACAGAUAUACCCUUAGCCCUGACGGAUGAUGACAUGGGUAUGUCAGAGAAAGUUCUGGCUUUGAAGCCUGCUGCUCCGCCAACACGAAGCCAGUCUCAGGAAAGUUUUAACUACACCGAUGUUGAACUGGAGUUUGAACUCAAAAAGAUUACACUGAACAUUUCUCAGCAUCAGAAAGAUGUUGACCUGCCACUGCUGAGACUCAUGAUAAAUGACCUUGGCACCAUGGUCAAGGUCAGAACGUUUGACCUCGGAGUGGAAGCAUCCCUAGGGGGCAUUUAUUUGCAGUAUCUGAAAACUGAAGCGUCUGCAGACCUGGCCACACAGCUACGUGGGGUCAGUGAGAGUCUUUGUGAAGAACUUGCUGACAAAUCUGUGAUAAACCUGGUGAACACUCCAAGAUCUGCCACAGGUCACUCCAAUCUGCUUCUGGUCAGCUUUCUCAAGGCAAAUGUGGAUGCCCCAGAUUUUGCCACGACAUACAAGAAGACAGAACAGUCCCUUAAUGUUGAGUUCUCUGCCCUUGAACUACUUCUUCACCAGGAGGCCAUCUUGGAUCUGAUAGUUUUUGCCGAGUCAUUGCGGACCCCUGAGAUUCAGGAGCUGGAGAACAAAACGUCAGGUUGGAAGUCUGCAGAGGAAGAGGAGAAAACUAAGGAGGUGGCUAAGAAAAAGACAGUGUACAAGAAGGAUCCUGAAGUGAUCGAUCUGAAGGUGAAAGCAGGCCUCAAGAUGUUCUCUGUCACAGUGUGUAGUCAGGCCAAACUGAUAUCAGAUGUCAAAAUCAGAGGUAUCGAAGCAGACGUGACAUUACAAGAGAGGCAGACACUUGUUACAGCAGUCUUGAAGGGAAUUUCUGUUCGUGAUCCUAGUCCCUUAACUCUCUACCCAAAUAUUCUGGAGAUUGAGGGGUCAGAGGUGUUGACCUUGAACCUUGCCCUCUACAACAACAACACAGAGGGAGUGAGGUACGAGGACAUGAACAAUGUCGACAUGAUGGUGAAGGUCACCAUAGGGAAGCUUAAGGUCACCUUCCUUAACAAGUUUGUCAUGGACCUUCUGGCUUUUCUGGACAAUUUCCAACAGGCCCAAGCUAAGUUGAAGGAGGCCAGUGCAGCUAUGGCUGAGAUUACUCAGGAUGCUGUGCAGAACUUCCAGGAGACGGCUUCCAGACUGUCUCUCCUAGUCGAGAUGCAUGCACCAAUCAUCUUCAUGCCCCAGACUUCAAGGUCGUACAACGUACUGCUGGUGGAUCUGGGUCACCUUCAGGUUAAAAAUAGCUUUGAGAAGCUGAGCUCAAGGUCGUCGUCAGGGAUACCAGCUGUCCUUGACAAGAUGAGUGUGACCUUGACAUCUGUGAAAUUGUCAAGAGCCAUAGUGGAUGCCAGUCAGUUUGUGAAGUCAGAGGUAGAGAUACUACAACCUGUGACAAUAUCAGUUAAUAUUUGCCGCAACCAGUCUGCAGCCUGGUACCAUGACUGUCCUGAUGUGAGCAUCGAAGGGAGCCUCAACAUCAUGCAGAUGUGCAUGAGUCAAGGAGAUUUCACAGCCAUGAUGCUGACACUGAAUGAGAACCUGUCUGAAGGACAGGAUAAGUCCCCUGUCAAGUCUUCUGUAACUGUGGAAACAACGUCUCCUGGAUUAGAGGAUGUGGUUACCAAGAAAACAUCAUCCCCUGUGCAGUGUUCCCCAGACACCCCUGUUCCCACCUCUCCCAAGGAGGCCUGGUGCAAGCUGAGGUUCAACUUCAUAGUGAACAGUCUCACUGCCACACUGUACUCCGGGGAAAGCCAACUGACCAGUGGGCUGACCAAGAGGGACUACAGCAAGCUGCUCGGCAGCUUUGGCCUUGACCUGAUUUCUCUGAAAGGUCAAAUGAUGUCCAACAACUCCCUAGAGGUCACAGUCAAACUGCGGGACAUGACCUUGGAUGACAAGAGGAUACAGAAACAAGGGGGCAUAACUAAAAUGAUGGAGAGAAGCAAGAAGGGAGGAGCCAGGGAUAUGAUUGAUGUGUCAUUCAAGCAGGUGGCUGAUGAUAAAACAAUUGACGUUCACAUGUACAGCCUGUACCUAUGUGUGUGUCUGGACUUCAUCAUGGCGGUGGCAGACUUCUUUGUGAAGGGUCUGCCCUCUAAGGAGACUGCCUCCACACAUCCCACACACCCCACUGACGAGAAGAAAGCUAUUAAGGCUAAGCCAGAGGAAGUGCCCGCCCCUGUGGGUGAGAUGAACAUCUCUGUGGUGAUAGACAGGCCUGAAAUCAUCAUGAUAGAAGACCAGGCUCGGGAGACCACCAACGCUCUCAUGCUGGAUAUGGAGUUAAAAUUCCAAAUGCGUCAAUGCCCUGAGACUAUGGACAUGUCAGCCAGUAUCAGAAACCUGGGCAUUGUAUCCAGUAAAUACAACAGCAGGACAGAAGGAGGGGCACAGAUCCUGACACCGUGCGACAUCUCGUUCUACAGCAAGACGCCCCAUGGCCAGGGGGCCCACAUGGACGUGUCAACCUCAGACCUCAUCCUCAACAUCUCCCCGGCAACCAUCAGAACAAUGUCAGCCAUCGCUGCAGGACUGGCCCAGAAGGAUGAGACAGUUAAAGAAGAGGACAAAGUUCCCGCAGACCUCUGGCAAUACAAGCAACUCAAAGACUGUAACUUUUGGUUCUUGAAAACUGUCGAGGGGUAUGAUGUUGAUUCCAGUCAUAAUCUGCUAGGAGGAUUGUCUGGGGAGACACUGGAAACACGUGGGGAGCAGGACUAUAAAGAGAAGAUGAUUCUCAACGUUCCUUCCAUCGUUGUCAAGCUGGAGGGAGGUGUUGGCAACAGGACGGUACCCCUGCUCAUAACUGACAUGUCCCUGCAGGGCGAAGUGAGGGACUGGACUGGCAAGCUGUUUGUGGAGAGCAUCCUGAAGCUGGAGGUGGCCUACUACAAUGAAAGGAUCUCUGUGUGGGAACCACUGGUGGAACCAGUCCUGGACAGCGGGAAACUGAGAAAGUGGGAACUACAACUGGAGGUAGUCAAAAAUGAAGAAGAGGAGCAGGACUUCGAUGAUGAGGACACUGAGGACAUCAAGCUCCUGCCCCCCAAGAUGAGUAUCAACUUGAAGUCAGCAGACGGGCUGCAGGUCACCAUGACAAAGGCGUGUCUGGAGAGUCUCACCAAUCUGGGCAAGGCCUUUGGUGAUGCCUAUGCGCUGGUUGAGCCCACACUGAAGGCUGGAGAGGUACUGGACCCCUAUGUGAUACAGAAUGAGACAGGGGAGGACAUUGUGCUCAAACUGGACAACACUUUUGUGAUGCCGGACUCUGCCCAGAAUGCGAAAGUCAAGUUACGUAGCGGUGACCUCCUACCCUUAAAGAACAAGGAGGGACCCAAACUGCGUCGACAGGCAUCAGUGAUACGGGCCACUCAGAACUCGGAUGAGAAGAAACUCAUCUUCCAGGUGGAGAGAUUCAACAUCCCCAAGGACGUGACCAUCAAGAGGGCUGAGAGGAGGCUGUUCCACUUUGCUGAGAAGCAGGCCCCCAGCAUGUGGGCCGUUGUCGUGGAUACCAGAAUAAACCUCGGCCAGAAGACCGUCACUUUUCGGUCGGCUGUUCAGGUUCAAAACCACCUGCCGGUUCCUGUGGAUAUCUACUACAAGGAUGCGAGUAAUGGAACCAAGCUGAUAUCCCCUAUCCAGCCUGGUGCCCUCUACAGUGUACCACUGUAUGCUGUCUAUGAGUCUACGGGGCAGUUCAUGUUCAGGCCCAUGAAGGACGGGUGUGUAGAGAUGAGUGAACCAAUCAGCUGGAAAGGGGCAGAGAACCUGGGGCUGAAGAUGCUGACUUGCCGUGGGGACGCAGUGCACCAGCCCUUUUAUAUCAGGGUUCGUGCAGAGAUUGAGGAAGUCUAUUAUCAGGAUGGCGACACUUUGUCUGCUAAGUCCACUAUCUUCCACCUACACCCGACUGUGAUCUUCCACAAUCUACUGCCCUAUGAUGUAAAAGUCAUGCUUGAGGGCUCCAUAGAUAUGGGCACUGCUGACGAGAUGUUGCUACAGAAAGGCUGCAACAUCCCUCUGGACCAUGCAUGCUUGGGGAAAACCAACAUUGAGGUCAUGAUCAUAAACUAUCAGGGUAGGGAUUGGAAUGGCCGUCGACUGCUGGACUUUGACAUCCCUGAACUCUCAGUGUGGAAUUUUGAUGGUUACCAAGGGAAAAAGAAAGUAACCAUGGACCUGGGUCUUCAUUUCAAGAAGACGAGUGGUUCAAUCCAGGUGUCCCUGUUCUGUCCAUACUGGAUGAUCAAUAAGACCGGGGUCAUGCUGAGAUACAAGGCAGGUGAUGACGACCCCAUGGAACACCCGCCAGAGAUCAAGGACAUUGUCAUGUUUUCAUUUAAGAAAAGUUCCCUGUUCAACAAGAAAAUGGACGAAACACAAGAAAAAAAGUCUUCAACAUUGGAGCGAAAAAAGGAGGGAAAGAAUAAACCUAAAGUGAAAGAAAUGAAACAAAGUGGAAAAGCCUGCCUUUGUAUUGGAGAAGGGGAUUGGUCAGAUAAGUUCUCACUGGAUGUGGUUGGGAGUUCUGGCACAGUGCAGAGUAAAAAUAGGAACAGAGUCUGGGAGGUUGGUGUUAACAUUGUUCUCUCGAGCUCGGGCCUGUCCAAGGUGGUGACCUUCACACCCUACUACAUGCUGGUGAACACCUCGCCCUAUGACAUGAUCUGCAAGGAACUGACCACAGAUAGCACCUGGAUUCAAGUCCCUUCUAAACAGUGUGUAGCGCUGUGGCCACUACAGUCCGGCAAGGAGAUGAAGAUGCAGGCUGCCAUGAAGGACUCUGAGAUCUCCACCAACUCCUUCAUGUUCAACAUGGCUCACACCACCCUGCUCAGGCUGAACAACCAGUAUGGAGGUAUCAAUGUAGAGUGCCAGGAGACAGAGAGCGCCAUGGUUACGACCUUGACCCACUAUAAGGACGGCAUGGCAACCGUUCAAAUCAUCAACCACACUGACCUAUGUGUCAUUGAGUUCUACCAGAGUUCUGUCAAGAACGUACAGAAGAUUGCUGGUGGUACCGCUGGCUUGUACACAUGGGAAGAUGCCAUUGGUAAGAGGGAACUUGUCUGGAGCUGUGGGGAAAAAAAGGAAAUGAAAAACGACCUCACUCAGGACGGUAUAGGGGAGUUCUUCUACGACCCUGACAUCAAGGUCUACUGGGUCUCAUUCCUCUCAAGCAUGCAGCGGGUGUUACUCUUCACUCACGACCUUGCCCUAGCAACCGUUGCCCAGGAGGCAGGAGAACUGGAGAGACUGGAACAGGAGAUAACUGUCAGUAUACAGGACAUAGGACUGUCUCUGGUGAACAACUUCACACAGAGAGAGGUGGCCUACCUUGGCAUUACAAGUUCGGGGAUCAUCUGGGAGGAGAAGAGGAAGCGGUUCAAAGCUCUCAACAUGAAGACCACUGCGGCCCUGGAGACGGCCUAUCAGAAGUGGGAUACUGAGAAACUGGCGGGUAAAAUACAGCCUGAGAGACUCACCAUUGACAAAAUGGAGAUCAACUUUGCGGAAAUGAUGAUGUUUAAACCAAACAAAAGACAUAUCAGGCGCAGUUUUGAGAAUGGACUCGGGCUUCAGUACAAGACAUCACCACAUCAGGUGCAGUUUCAUGCAAAGAUCAACAGAGUGCAGAUUGAUAACCAGGUGGCUGGAGCUGUGUUCCCAACAAUCCUGUCCCCCAUGCCUCCACCCAAAUCAGUAGCUGCAGAUAGUGUUCCGAAGCCUUUCACAGAAGUCAGCAUGAUGUUGAGGAAACAUGAGCACAGCAACGUUUCACAGAUGAAGUAUUUUAAGGUGCUAGUUCAGGAGAUGCAGGUAAAGGUAGACCAGGGCUUCCUCAAUAAUCUACUGGAGAUGUUCUCAGCAGACCAGGACGUUACCAAUGAGCAACAGAAACAGCUGUUGGAUGAGGACAUAGAGAAGACCCGACAGGACCUGAUCACCACCAUGGGUUUGUCCCUGGCCAGUGAGCAGAAAAUGUUCUACGACCAUCUACAUUUAUCUCCUAUCAAGGUUCACCUCAGUUUCUCCCUACAAGGGGGAGGUGGUGAUGGGAAGCCCACACAGAUCAAGUCCAAUGUGAUCAACGUGUUCCUGCAGAGUGUCGGUGUCGUGCUCACAGACAUACAGGACGUCGUCUUCAAACUUGGGUACUUCCAGCGUGAGCACAUGUUCUACAACAACAAGCAGCUCACUGGAGAGAUGACCGGCCACUAUGCUGGGCAGGCCAUCAAGCAGAUGUACGUGCUGGUGCUGGGUCUGGACGUGCUGGGAAACCCCUUCGGCCUGCUGAGAGGCAUGGCAGAGGGUAUGCAGGACCUCUUCUAUGAACCAUACCAGGGUGCCAUUCAAGGACCAGAGGAAUUUGCUGAAGGCAUGAUGUUGGGAGUGAAGAGUCUGUUUGGACACGCCGUCGGAGGGGCAGCUGGGGCUGUGUCAAGGAUCACAGGGACUCUGGGCAAGGGGAUCGCAGCCCUCACAUUGGACGAUGAGUACCAGAAGAAGCGUAGAGAGGCUCUGAAUAAGAGACCAGCCAAUGUGGGCGAGGGAUUUGCACGUGGUGGCAAGGGGCUUGUCAUGGGCGUGUUUGAUGGUGUCACAGGCAUUGUCCGGAAGCCCAUCGAGGGGGCAAAGAAGGAAGGGGUGGAGGGGUUCUUCAAGGGGGUCGGCAAGGGGCUGGUUGGCGUGGUAACAAGGCCCACUAGUGGGGUCAUUGACUUUGCCAGCAGCUCAUUUGAGGGCAUUAAAAGAAUAGCCGAUAACGUUGGGGAGAUCUACAGACUACGAGCCCCAAGGAGAUUUCAUAAAGACGGAAUUAUCCGCCCCUAUAACAGACAGGAAGCAGAAGGCUGCGCUGUGCUCAUGGAGACAGAGAAGGGCCGUUACCUCAUUGAAGACUACGUGGCCCAUGUUGUGGUAACCAAGGACAACAAGAAUGUCUUCCUGGUCACCAACAAGCGCCUAUUGUUUGCUAGUCGUGGGGAGAUAUUCGGCUCCUGGAACUGUGAGUUCACAUACAUCUGGGCAGAGCUCAAGGAAAAACCCAAGGUCACAACCAAGGGCAUAGAGGUCACGUUGAAGGAGAAGGAGAAGCGGGGGCUGUUCGGGUCCUCCAUCUCAAAAAAGGAGAUUCAUGUAGCUGACCUUAAACUUGCUGAGUGGAUGGUAGGAAAAAUAUCUGAAGCCUGGGACGCAAACAACUAGUUACCUGGGGUCGACAAAGAAACAAUAGUCACCUGGGGUCGACAUAGAAACAAAUAGUCACCCAGGAUUGACAUAGAAACAUUGAGUGUUGAGUGUGUAAAGAAAAUAUGCACACUCUGAGAAGUGUGAAAUAGUUCCCUAGAAAUCAUAUGAAGAAACAUUGUAAGAAAAUAAUUGUAAGAAAAAAGUCAAAAUUUGAUAAGCAUAUAAUGAAAUUGUAUGACUAUUGUUGCCAUGGAAACAUGGCAUGCUGAAAACUGUUGAGGUAGAACUUUGAAUUUGAUCGAAAGUUCUUUCAAUCAUAUGAACAUGACAGACUUGUGUUUACGUUAACAUCAAAUUUUAUUAUUUAUUUAUUAUGAUAUUUGUGUUUUCUGAUUUACUUUAAUAUUUUCUAUGCUCAUGAGUAAGUGUAAAAUGUUUGUUUUUUAAGUUUAACAGUUUUUUUUAUUGAUUUUUGAACAAAAUUGAAGCAAAUCAUAAAAGAAGGUAUUUGUAAAAUAAAUAAACACAAUCUUUAAAAGUACAAAAUGACAAAAAUUAUUUAGAAAAUUAUUACAUAAAAUUGUGUAAUGUAGAUAUCAUUCUUUAGUCAAAAGAAUGUAUGGAUGUUGUCAUUAGUUUAUUUUAUAGUGUUUAGUUCAUUUUAAAACAAAAUGUUGAAUACUUCUGAAGUUUGGUUUACACGUGCUUACAAAUAUAUAUCAUUGUAAAUUAAAAUAUACUUGUAUGGAAUGAAGUUCUUUGUUCAUUUGAUUGUGUAGUUUUUUCUUGCCUACCACAUUUGCAUUUGCUCAACUAAAUUCUUUAUUGUUCUGUAAAUAUUUCUUAUUUUCUAUGGCAGUAUGCCUAUAAGUGACAACAUAAUGAAAACAAAUAUUGAUACUUGAUAAUAAAAUAAAUGUAAAUAAAAAAUGUAAUCAUCAAUAUAUAAAAGUGCCAUUAAUUCAGAAUAGUGUGAACAAUUAUUAAUUAAUCAAUAAUUAUAUCCUGUUAGAUACAUUAUUGCAAGAUUUAGAAAAAAAGAACACACAUUUGAAAUUUAAUGUACAUGAAUUAAUGCAAUGUUUGGUGUUAUUAUGGUAAUUGUUUAUUCUUUGCUUCAAACAUUUUCCACAAUCUGCUCAAUUGAUGAUAUCAUGCUAACUCACGGCUUUAAUAAGAUUGCUCUUUAUAUUAUAAUGGAUUUGUAGCAAAUAUUUUGUUUCUGCUUUAUGGUACAUUAUGUGCUCACUCAUAAAUAAUUCCAUUACCUCCAGCAGAUAUUUUGUUUGUGUAUGUUGGUAUGUUACAUGCUCAUUCAUGUAUAAUUAAAUUUUAUCUUGCUGUUUAAAAAAACAUGAACAUCAGUUGGUCUGUUGUCAAGCUUUUUACUUUUAAGUAAAUACAAAUAAAGCUUUUUGCUUUUAGGUAAAUACAAAAUAAAGCUUAAAUCUUGUUAGUGCCUAGUCAUAAUUACCAUGUUACAAAAUGUUAGUGCUGAUUGACAGACAAUAAUUUUUGUACUGGUUGACUGAAAAUAAUGCCAGUACUGGCUAAUUGACAAUAAUUUUCAAAAUCUGACAAACAUACCAGUUCCAAACGCAUUUGACAAAAGUCAAUGUAUCUUUGAUACUUCAAUUCAAUAUACUGGUACAUACGCAGAACUAAACAUAAGAUUUUUUAUGUAUUGUUCAGAAAUUUAGUCUAAUGGUUAAAGUGUUUGCGUAUGUGACCAUGUUUCUAAAUGACUGAGACACAACUUUGCCUUGAAAUGCCUUGUAGAACUAUAUUUUAUCAAACAAAAAUAUUACAAUGCUAAGUUGAGUAUUUCAUUACUUUGGGGUGAUUAAGUUUAAAAUUAGAAUGUAGAAAUAGAUGUGUAGUUUUACAUGAAUAUGCAUUAAAUUUUUGUUGAUUAGUAGCUAUUUGCCUGUCAAUAAAUGCUAAAAAAACUGAUGCUGAUGAUUAGGGAUUUGUGUAACAUUAUACAAGUUUAUGCUUUUAAAUAAAGGUCAUUUUUUUACUUCCUCUGCAUAAGUUUUCGUGCAAAAUUGUCAUGUUGUUUUUUAUUUAUUUGUAGAAAUUCUUUUAUUUGUAUUCUUCCAUAUUUAAUUCCCUGUACAUGUAUUCAUGCAAUAGUUGUUUUGUUUAUUCUGCUGAAACAAGUGCUUUGUUAUAUUUAUGGGCUAAAAGGGUAGUCAAACCUGUCUCAUCAACUUCACAUUGUGUAAAUUAAUGGUACAAACCUGUAGGCUCUAACAUAAGGUGAGAUGAUCUUAUCUUCAACAAAUAUGAAUUGACUGAAUAAACACAUGUUAAAGCAGUCCUUCAUUAAAAUAAUUGCUUUAACUUGUUGCUUCGAUUUAAAAAGCUACUUGAAAAUUUGAAAAGUCCAUUUUUAUUGAAAUUUUUUCACAAUUUACUGUUAUACUCAAGCCACCAUCCGAAUAUUUGAGUAAUGGGCUGAUGUUCAUAAACCUCCUAUGGGAAAUCUUAACUUGAGUUACUGGAAAGAUAACAUUUCUGAAUUCAUUUACUUUGUGAAAUUAAUUGUCUUAUGCUUACAAAAUGAUGAAAACUUCAAAAUUGCAUCCGUUCUUACUUGUUUAAAACAUUUUAAUGUACUUGACAGAGACUGAAAGAAUUUAAUGAAUGUAAGGAAUUUACUUAAGUUUUCCAUACAAGUCAUUGUGAAUACCAGCCCGUUACAAAGAAGUGCUGUUCCGACUAGUGCAAUAAAUGUUUGAUAUAUAUGUACAAUAUAUGCAUUGAAUGUGAUGGACAUUUAAUUCUAUUACAAGAAAACAGGACUUCCAAAAGCAUAAAAUAUUGUUCACUAUUUCCAUAAAAAAAUGUAUCACUUAUGAUAAACAUUAUAAUAUUUAAUAAUCUCUUUGGAUAUUAAAACCAUCAACUUAAGUAUUUUUCUUAUUUGAAAGAAUUUCCUUAUACUUUCCCUAAAAAUUUUUGAAAAAAAAGAGGCUCUGAAUAAACCACUAGCCGAAAUCCUAAUGCUUUCAUAAAGACCUACAUGUAUUAAAGCUGGACUUUAUCAACUAUUUCUGAUUGGCCACAUUUCACCAGCCUCUUUGCAGUCAGGCUUACAGUUCGGGUAAAUACUGUCUGGGUAUAUUUUCUUAAAUCUCCCAACAGAAAUCAUGACUAAGUCAAGGACAUUUUCAACUGAGAUUUUAGGAUCCCAAAAACAGUUAUUUCAGCUUAUGAUCAAGUGAAAUUAAACCUCAAUGCAAUUUUCACAAUUUUACACUAUUAGUAAAUGCAAAUGACCCACAAAUCAGGAAAUUUAGGAAGUUAUCAAUAUAAGUAAUCAAAGAUGAACCCAUAAACAUUUUAUUUGUUUGCUUUAUACAACGAUACAUUAUGGUUAUACAAUAUUGUUGUAAUAGAUCAUUUUACUCAAAACUAAUGUAUUCCUCUAUUAUUUAGUCAUUCAUGAAUAGCGUUGAUAAUUUAUUGGUAAUACGUAGAUUGUGUGGGAUAUUAUGAAGCGCAUUGUGCGUUACAUUUAAAUGUAACAAACCAACGAGUUUCUUAAAUGUCUUGAGAUUCUGAUUAAAUAAGAGAGGAUCUUGUAAAAAUGUUGCUAGUUCAUCAUUUAAGCAGAUGCAUGUUGUCAAUACUCAAUAUUGUUUCAGAUCACGUCCUAUAUGAAUUUCUUAUCUGCCAUAAUAUUACUGCUGGUAAUUGUAGAUUCUCACAUAUAGUAAAAUACGCAACAAAUAGGAAUAUAGCACUUUGUGUAAUGUGUAUAGUUCCCUAAAUCUUGUGUAGGUUUUGAACAGUUCAUUUUUUAGUGUUUGCUUAAAAGUAAAAUAACCAGGGGCUUGAGGGUCCCUGCAAUAUUUGCUGUGUUUUGUUGUACUGUUUUAUCUUUCUAUUUAUCCCUUUGUUGUUGUUUUGUUGGCAAGAUUUUUUUGUUAAUGAUUAUGUUCAGCAAUUCCAAUAAACAUGCUUCUUAAAAUCUUA